UUUCCUUCCCAGGUGUCGCCGCCUGCUUUCUACAGCCACUUCCCAGGAGGGGUUCCGACGUUCUGGGCAGCCAGAGCCCGGGAGGCCUUAUAGGAGCGGCCUGGCAAUUCUCGCCGCCUGCCGCCAGAGGAAGCUGCUUCGCUGCUGUGGUUGCCGAGCAACUCGUAGCCCGGAAGCAAUACCCCGCCCAGCUCGGUUCUGCGGCGGCCGCACUCCGGUAGACUUCCGGCGGCGGGGCAGGCGCUGGGUCUUGGCGAACGGGCUUCGGAAGCGGCGGCGGCGCGAUGACCACGCUACGGGCCUUCACCUGCGACGACCUGUUCCGCUUCAACAACAUUAACUUGGAUCCGCUUACAGAAACUUAUGGAAUUCCUUUCUACCUACAGUACCUCGCCCACUGGCCAGAGUAUUUCAUAGUUGCAGAGGCACCUGGUGGAGAAUUAAUGGGUUAUAUUAUGGGUAAAGCAGAAGGCUCAGUAGCCAGGGAAGAAUGGCAUGGGCACGUCACAGCUCUGUCUGUUGCCCCAGAAUUUCGACGCCUCGGUUUGGCUGCUAAACUAAUGGAGUUACUAGAGGAGAUUUCAGAAAGAAAGGGUGGAUUUUUUGUCGAUCUCUUUGUAAGAGUAUCUAACCAAGUUGCAGUUAACAUGUACAAGCAGUUGGGCUACAGUGUAUAUAGGACGGUCAUAGAGUACUAUUCGGCCAGCAACGGGGAGCCUGACGAGGACGCUUAUGAUAUGAGGAAAGCACUUUCCAGGGACACUGAGAAGAAAUCCAUCAUACCAUUACCUCAUCCUGUGAGGCCUGAAGACAUUGAAUAACCCUGGGCAGUGGUUCUUAGGCAGAUACUCUAGAUACUUUAUCGACAAUAUUAUUUUCAUUGGAUGAUGCUGGAGCUCUCUUAGGAGAAAAGUAAUCAUUUUAGGUCUUAAAGACUUCAAGAAAAUACAGGUUAUCAAUUUAUUUAAAAUCUCAUUGUUUCCAGUUAGCAAUGUCAUACCUAUUAAAGCUGUUCACUAACAAAAUUCAAUCAAAAAGGCAGCUAGGUCAGAAGGAAACAUCCCACUCUCAUGGUUCAUAAUAUUCACUGUAUGUAUGCUAGGGAAAAGAUUUGCUUCAGUCUCCUCCUAAAUUCUGUGCCUGAGAACCACUGCUGCAUAUAUUUGUUUUUAAAUUUUGUAUUGAACUGUUAAUUGAAGCUUUAAAAGCAUAUAUGAAAUGUAUAAAUCUAAGAUGUAUAAUAAAAUACAUUGUUGACCCUA